CAACAGAUGGCCUUAUGGCCUUGUUCCCUGCCAGCCAUGUCGUGGUUGUGGGAGGGGGCCUUGCAGGAAUGGUGGUGGCCAACCAGGUGUUGGAGAGAGGAGGUCGCGUCUUGGUUCUCGAAAAGGCGCCUUUUUGUGGCGGCAAUUCUGUGAAGGCAACGGCUGGCAUCAACUUCCCCAAAGGUGAUUCCGAGAUUAAGUUCAAGGACGACACAGUUCAAAUGGGAGAGAGCAAUGGUGAGCUUGCAGCAGUGCUUUGUCGGAACAGUUUGCCUGAUAUGAACUGGCUGAUUGACAAGUUCGAACUCGAUUUUGCAGUGGUGUCGAAGCUGUCUGGCCAUUCAUGCAAGAGAACCUACAGGACAAAAGACAGCUUGCCUGGGAUGGCCAUCACGUAUUCUCUCAUCAAGACAUUGGAGAAGGUGGCGGAGGUGUCUGACAGAGCUCGCCUUGUCACAAAGGCAGAGGUAGUGCAGCUCCUGUUCCGAUGUGGCAAUGUCGUGGGCUGUGAGUACAAGAAAUCAGGGAGGUGCAGCAAGGAGUAUGGCCCAGUUGUCAUUUGCACAGGUGGUUUCGGAGGCGCCGAAGCAGAGUUGCUGGCGAAGCACAGGCCUGAGCUGGCGAGUUGGCCGACCGUCAGCGCGGAUCACUGCACCGGAGAUGGACUGAAGCUCGGCGAGCAGGUUGGUGCGGCGGUGCUUGGUUUGGAGUGGGUGCAGCUACACCCCACAGCGCUUGUGCACCCGGAUGAGCCAGACGCCAAGCGGAAGGUCCUGGCCGGUGAAGCUUUUCGCCUGGCGGGGGGCUUGCUCCUCGAUGCCAAGGGCCAGCGCUUUUGCAACGAGAUGGGACCUGCCGAACACAUCGUUUCGCAGAUGCAACAGAAUCAGGCGCCAUUCUGGCUUUGCUUGAACACGGCUGCGUCUCGCGAAAUGCAGUGGCAAUGCCGAACCUUCAUCAGCCGCAAGCUCAUGAAGUGCUAUGCGUCCGGGCGAGAUCUGGCGGCAGAGAUGAAGGUCCCACUGCAGACACUGAUCGACGUGCAUGAUUCUCAUGCGGAAGCUUUCCGCCGCACCAUGCGGAGCAUGCAAAACUCGGUGCCUUCGGAGCCUGCGCACUCCUGGGAUGAAGCCAGCGCCAAAUCUGGCUGCGGCAAGCUGGAAUUUAAGCAUGUUUUGGUUGGCUCCAGAGUCCCGGACGAGCCAUUUCACGUCGCACGGGUGACCCCCGCAAUACAUUUUUGCCCCGGUGGGUUGCAGAUAAAUACACAAGCAGAAGUUAUGAAGGACGGGACAAAGAUUCCCGGCCUUUAUGCUGCCGGUGAGGCAGCAGGCGGUGUGCAUGGCAGGCAGGCGUUGCCCGGAAAUCCCUUGCUCGAUUGCGUAGUGUUUGGAAGACUCGCCGCCAAAUCCGCGUGUCAGUACAUAUUUGGCAAGGACGAUGAGUUCAGGCCCUGCCCAUUGCAAGUAUCGAUUGCAAAAGUGUCUUUGCACCGUUCGAAUCGCCUUGAUUCAUGCGAGCUCAAGUCUAGUUGUUUGCCCGAUGCAGUGCUUUGA